AUGAUGGCCGACGGGCAGGCUGGCCCAUCUGGGGCGGAUGAGCUUGUGUUCACACAGGGGCCUGCCAAGGUGCCGCUUUUCAUGCUCGCCUCUGCCUCGGAGGCAUCCAGUGCCGUCCCGGCCGUCAACGCACCUGUAUGGCGAGUCGCGGCUGGGAACCUGGCUGCUGGCGCCACAGCGGGCUGCGCAGUCGAGCUCGCGCUCUACCCGAUCGACACGAUCAAGACCCGGCUGCAGGCCAUGAUCGGCGGCGGUGGUCUGAAGUCCUUGCUGCAAUCCGGGGGCGGCAAGGGGCUGUACGCGGGCGUGUGGGGCAACCUCGCGGGUGUUGCUCCAGCCUCAGCCAUCUUCAUGGCGUUCUACGAGCCCACCAAGAAGGCGGUGCAGUCGGAGGUUCCCGCUGACAAGCAGUACCUUGGGCCGGUGGUGGCGGGUAUGGUGGCGGGCACUGCCUCCUCCCUCAUCCGGGUGCCCACUGAGGUGGUGAAGCAGCGGCUGCAGACCGGGGAGUUCACCGGGGCCGUGAAGGCGGUUCGGACCAUUCUGGGUCGCGAGGGACUUCGCGGACUGUAUGCCGGAUACGGCGCCUUCAUGCUGCGAGACCUGCCGUUCGAUGCCAUCGAAUUCGUGGCGUACGAACAAAUCAAGAAGGCGUACGGCAUGACUGUACGGCGGGAGCUCCAUCCCGGGGAGACCUCUAUUGUGGGCGCGAUUGCCGGCGGCUUCACGGGUGUGAUCACCACGCCUUUGGACGUGCUCAAGACUCGGCUGAUGACUCAGGGCGCCUCGGGGCGCUACAAGAACCUUCUGGACGCCACCGUGACCAUUGCUCGUACGGAGGGUCUGGGCGCCUUCAUGUCGGGCUGGCAGCCGCGACUGAUCUGGAUUUCGUUGGGCGGCUUCGUGUUCUUCCCCGUGUUGGAGGCGGCCAAGAAGUACUAUGCACCGAAGUAG